AUGGGCGCAGCCGGGGGCCACUCCCGGCAGGCGCUGGGCAUCCUCUUCCAGCUGGUGUGCUCUUGCUUGGGCAUCAGCUCCAUUGACAUCGACCGGCCAGGGGAUGGCAGGUGCCAGCCCAUCGAGAUCCCCAUGUGCAAGGACAUCGGGUACAACAUGACCCGGAUGCCCAACCUGAUGGGGCACGAGGACCAGCGGGAGGCAGCCAUCCAGCUGCACGAGUUCGCCCCCUUGGUGGAGUACGGCUGCCACAGCCACUUGAAGUUCUUCCUCUGCUCCCUCUACGCCCCCAUGUGCACGGAACAGGUCUCCACCCCCAUCCCGGCCUGCCGGGUGAUGUGCGAGCAAGCCAGGCUGAAGUGCUCGCCCAUCAUGGAGCAGUUCACCUUCAAGUGGCCCGACUCCUUGGACUGCAGCAAGCUGCCCAACAAGAACGACCCCAACUACUUGUGCAUGGAAGCCCCCAACAACGGGUCCGAAGAACCGCCGCGAGGGUCCAGCAUGCUGCCCCCCAUGUUUCGGCCGCAGAGGCCGCAGAGCACCAGCCACGACCUGCAGCAGCACAAGGACGGGCUGGGCCGGGCCACUUGCGAAAACCCUGGUAAGUUCCACCACGUGGAAAAAAGUGCAUCUUGCGCCCCGCUUUGUGCUCCUGGGGUUGACGUCUACUGGAGCCAAGAGGACAAGCAGUUUGCUGUAAUCUGGAUCGCCAUCUGGUCCAUCCUCUGCUUCUUCUCCAGCGCCUUCACUGUCCUCACGUUCCUGAUUGACCCCCAGCGCUUCAAGUAUCCCGAGAGGCCCAUCAUCUUCCUCUCCAUGUGCUACUGCGUCUACUCAGUGGGGUACAUCAUCCGCCUCUUCUCGGGGGCCGAGAGCAUCGCCUGCGAUCGAGACAGCGGCCAACUCUACGUCAUCCAAGAAGGCCUGGAGAGCACGGGCUGUACUCUGGUCUUCCUCGUCCUGUAUUACUUUGGCAUGUCCAGCUCCUUGUGGUGGGUGAUCUUGACUUUAACUUGGUUUCUAGCCGCUGGGAAAAAAUGGGGCCACGAAGCCAUCGAAGCCAACAGUAGCUACUUCCAUUUGGCUGCCUGGGCCAUCCCGGCGGUGAAGACCAUUCUGAUCUUGGUCAUGCGGAGGGUGGCUGGGGACGAGUUGACCGGCUUAUGCUAUGUGGGCAGCAUGGAUGUGAAUGCUUUGACUGGGUUUGUCCUGGUCCCCUUGGCUUGCUAUCUCAUCAUAGGGACCUCUUUCAUCCUCUCUGGCUUUGUGGCCCUUUUCCAUAUCAGGAGGGUGAUGAAAACUGGUGGGGAAAACACUGACAAACUGGAAAAACUUAUGGUCAGGAUUGGGGUCUUCUCCGUCUUGUACACCGUGCCUGCAACCUGUGUCAUCGCUUGCUAUUUCUACGAGAGAUUGAACAUGGAUUACUGGAAGGUCUUGGCCGUUCAGCAGAAGUGCAAGAUGAACAACCAGACCAAACACUUGGACUGCGCAAUGAGCGACUCUAUUCCGGCCGUGGAGAUUUUUAUGGUCAAAGUGUUCAUGCUGCUGGUGGUGGGGAUAACUAGCGGCAUGUGGAUUUGGACCUCUAAAACUCUUCAGUCCUGGCAAAGCGUUUGCAGCCGGCGGUUGAAGAAGAGGACGCGGAGGAAACCCGCCAGCGUGAUCGCGAGUAGCGGACUUUACAAAAAGGCCCAGCAUCUGCCGAAAGUCCACCAUGCAAAAUACGAGGCUGCUUCGCAACCAUGUGAGCAGAAUGUAUAAUUUAUAAGAAGCGCUCCAACGUAACUCUCGUAGAGAAACUCACACAUGCUUGCCAUAGCGGUCAGAACUAAAGAGAAUAAUAUGGAUUAAUUAACUGUGUGUAUCUUUAACACCUUUUUGGUCAGAAAAACAGAUGGCAGAUUCAGAGGAGAAAUUAAGACAGAACUUCAAGG